AUGCGCAACAACGUCUCCACCAAUCUCGCCAUGUCCGGGUUGCCCUGGAUUCCUGAGGAUGUGCCGUGCCCUCAGGGCGUCGGGCAGAGAACGAUGGCAGGCUUGUGGGGCGGUGCGGAGCUCAUUCCGUGGUUCGGCGCAGAUGAGGAAGAGGAGGACGAGCUGGCGUGGCUGCAAGGAGAGGCCGUGGCUGAGGAGGACGAGGGGGAAGGAGGGGAUGGGGAUGGGGCGGAGGGAAACGAUGAUGCGGAUGGCGAGGGAGGGGUAGACGGGGCAGUAGGCUCUGAGGAGAGCUCCGAAGAGGAAGAUGGUCAGGACGAGACAGACGAGACAGACGAGACAGACGAGGAGGACGAGGAGGACGAGCAUGAGGACGAGGAUGAGAACGAGGACGAGGACGAAACAGAUGACGUCGAAGAGGCAACCGUCAUCGCCUCCGAGGCCUACUUCACCGUCCCUGGACCUCGUCCAGGCAACUCUGCGCUCACGAGCGCUCCCCUUAACGGCGCAAGGGGUCGCGUCGUCGUCGACGGCUCCGCCACCCAGCCAAGGCCCCAUCCCAAGGCCGGGGAGAGGCCAAGCAGCAAGUGGGCGGGGGGAGCCGGCAGUCGUACCAACGGCUGCGUUGUCGGCGAAGGUCCGAGGCAAGCAGCCUCAGACACGGGCCCGCCCCGCCGGAAAGGAAACCAGGUCGGCACGGCCUACAACGCGGGCGACAGCAACGGAAGCGAGGA